CACACAGACAUCACGUGAAUGUCAACAACAGAUCACUCGCGAAGACCUUUGCCCUCGAAGUCCACUCGCAAUCAAAUCACCGGCCAUUGAGUUGAUACACACACGCCAUGUCUUAGCGCUUAGGCGAUACGUCUGACUGAUCCACACAUUGAUUGAUAACAGGGUCACCACUUCUGAAGCUCUUCAGCGAUGUCUUCGCCGGUGACCGCAAGCAGUCGACAGUAUAUUCCGAUAUCACUGGACGAGUCGCUGAGUCUUAAGGGCUGCAAACACGCCGCCCAUUGUCUGCUAUACUCUUCGGCCAACUGUUCCGGUGUUGUCUAUGUGUUGGUUCAGAUGCGGUUCGACGGACUCAUUGGGUUCGCCGGCGGCGAAGUGGACGUCGACGACGUGACCGUCGAUGAGAUAAUUGCGGCGACGAAUCGAGAGCUCGAAGAAGAGAUUAAUUAUCACUUGAAUGGCGUGACUCAAGAGGAAUGGAUUUGUUCGCAUCGCGACCACAGCUCGACAUGGAUUCAGCACUUCUUCGCCAAAGAGCUCACCGGCGAUGAGUUGACACAACUGGAGAGCACUCACAUGAAUGCCCAACACUUCCCGUCCGAGUCGUUAGGUGUAUUUCGUGUCCCAAUCGGUGGCUUCGAUCAGAGGAACAGCUCGAAGAGGUUUUUGACAAACUUUUUGCGCCAAAGAUUCGCCGGAAACGCGAGACAACAGUUCAUCGAAACUAUUCACAAGUUAUCACUCGUUAGUCCCGAAGACCAGGAAUGGAUGCUAUCUAUUGAAUCCAGUGGUGAUAGUGCGGACACCACUGUCAUCAGCGGUGGUCACGAAGUGAAGGCGCUGUUGAGGGCAGACAUUGGCGUUCAUUAUUACGCGGAAGAGGUGGACGUGACCUAUGGUCUGAUGGUUGUCAGGGAUGACGGACUCUUUGACUUCAUUGGCACUCAUAGUACGGAAUCCGAUGACAAGAACUCAAUGAUUAAGACAUUGAAUAACAACUUAUAUAAGGAUUUGGGCGAAGAGUGGCUACCCAUCGACUGGUCGAGUGACUGGAAAACAAAUGCCAUUCCCUUAUCGCUGGAUAACGGCGCCAGUCAUGUGUUUAGCAUUCAAUUGAAUGCCACGGAAUUUACGGCAAUUGAGACCCAUUUGACGGAAUGCAAGAAUUUUGGGAACAAGUCUUAUGGUGUCGUUCGCAUCCCUUUCCAGUUCCGGGGGUCGACACCAAAAGCGGACAGUUAUGUGAACCGAUUCUUCGGGGGAUUCCUUACACAGAAUUUCGCCCGCAAUUCAAAACAGCAUUUGAAACACAUCUAUGAAACCGAUUUUAAUGCAAAUUCUAGUCAUUCUUAAUGUUAUUUCGAUUG